AAAUUGAUGAAAAACUCUCAAGUAAUUGAGUCAGGUACUUGUGGUUGCAUAUUAUGCAGAAUUAAACCACCGGAAUGGAUUUUCCAAGUCAAAGAUCAGGUUCGGAAUUCCCCACAACAUAUAAUUUAAAUAUUAAUAACAAUUCUCUUCUGAGAAACGGGAGACUUUUUAUUUUACACCAGAAACUUACGUACAGAAAUUGAGUAAUAAUCCAAAUUUCACAUUUAAUAUGAGCUUAAUGAUAGUACAAAACGUGCAGAGCAACUUGAGCAACUUAAUUACAAGAUAAACGCGUUUUCGACGACCAUUUAUCGACGACUCGUUUUAGUCUGAAAGUGGAGCUACAACGAGUACCAUGGCUCUGAAACGUGCGGUCCUGUUGUCAUGUCUCAGUCUCGUAUUCGGGCAGAUCGCGUUUCCGGAACCGGACGAACUCGUAACUGAAGCGGAAAACAGGAGCCGAGUGCCAUUGUUUGCACCCAACGAAUGCAAAGAUCCCAACGAACUUCUCUAUCCUGGGAACCAGAAAAACGACUGGAUAUGCGACUGCCUACCAGGGUAUAUUUAUUAUCCACCCAAACGCGGAUGUUUUCCCGCCUACAGAAAAGGACCGUGCGAAAGAGGACAACAUUUGAUCCUUAAAAAAGAAAAGGCUGUGCCUGAAUGUACUAAAAAUCCCUGCAACGACGGAUUCGCAAGGUUCAAUGGAAAAUGUUUUGAAUUGGGUAAACCAAAUGGACCUUGUUUGCCGGAGUUGCACGGUGGUGGUAUCUUCGGAGUUAACGGCACCACUUUGGAAUUGGGUUGUUUGAAGAACAAGAUCCACAUAUUUUUUAACAAAAUGGCCAAAAGAUUCAACCUACAUUAUCAUUUAACUAAUCAAUAAUCUGUAUAUUGAUUUUUGUAUUUGUUUUGAGACAUUCAACUGUGAUGGUUGAAGCUGAUAUAGUUUCGCUGAUUUCCACUUAACGAAGAUAGUGUCUGGCUUUAUUUUACGGGCUGAAAAUUGUGCUUGAUGUUUCUAUUGAUGAAUGUUAAGGUCUGAAUAAAUUAUGAUUAUA